AUGAAGGAGGCGGAGCCAGAAGCCCUCAAACACCCAUCAUCGCUCAGCCCCAGACCAGGCCUAGACCAGCCCGAGACCAGCCCGAGACCAGCCCGAGACCAGCCCCAGACCAGCCCCAGACCAGCCCGAGACCAGCCCGAGACCAGCCCCAGACCAGCCCCAGACCAGCCCCAGACCAGCCCGAGACCAGCCCCAGACCAGCCCCAGACCAGCCCCAGACCAGCCCCAGACCAGCCCCAGACCAGCCCCAGACCAGCCCCAGACCAGCCCCAGACCAGCCCCAGACCAGCCCCAGACCAGCCCGAGACCAGCCCGAGACCAGCCCCAGACCAGCCCCAGACCAGCCCCAGACCAGCCCCAGACCAGCCCCAGACCAGCCCGAGACCAGCCCCAGACCAGCCCCAGACCAGCCCCAGACCAGCCCCAGACCAGCCCGAGACCAGCCCCAGACCAGCCCCAGACCAGCCCCAGACCAGCCCGAGACCAGCCCCAGACCAGCCCCAGACCAGCCCCAGACCAGCCCCAGACCAGCCCCAGACCAGCCCCAGACCAGCCCCAGACCAGCCCCAGACCAGCCCGAGACCAGCCCCAGACCAGCCCCAGACCAGCCCCAGACCAGCCCCAGACCAGCCCCAGACCAGGCUUCUCUCUCCUUUUCUAGUCUCUUUCUCUGACCGGACUCUACAGACCGGACUCUACAGACCGGACUCUACAGACCGGACUCUACAGACCCCACUCUACAGACCGGACUCUACAGACCGGACUCUACAGACCGGACUCUACAGACCGGACUCUACAGACCGGACUCUACAGACCGGACUCUACAGACCGGACUCUACAGACCGGACUCUACAGACCGGACUCUACAGACCGGACUCUACAGACCGGACUCUACAGACCGGACUCUACAGACCGGACUCUACAGACCGGACUCUACAGACCGGACUCUACAGACCCCACUCUACAGACCGGACUCUACAGACCGGACUCUACAGACCGGACUCUACAGACCGGACUCUACAGACCGGACUCUACAGACCGGACUCUACAGACCGGACUCUACAGACCAGACUCUACAGACCGGACUCUACAGACCCCACUCUACAGACCGGACUCUACAGACCGGACUCUACAGACCGGACUCUACAGACCCCACUCUACAGACCGGACUCUACAGACCGGACUCUACAGACCCCACUCUACAGACCGGACUCUACAGACCGGACUCUACAGACCGGACUCUACAGACCCCACUCUACAGACCGGACUCUACAGACCGGACUCUACAGACCGGACUCUACAGACCGGACUCUACAGACCGGACUCUACAGACCGGACUCUACAGACCAGACUCUACAGACCGGACUCUACAGACCAGACUCUACAGACCGGACUCUACAGACCGGACUCUACAGACCCCACUCUACAGACCCCACUCUACAGACCAGACUCUACAGACCGGACUCUACAGACCGGACUCUACAGACCGGACUCUACAGACCGGACUCUACAGACCAGACUCUACAGACCGGACUCUACAGACCGGACUCUACAGACCGGACUCUACAGACCCCACUCUACAGACCAGACUCUACAGACCCCACUCUACAGACCGGACUCUACAGACCGGACUCUACAGACCGGACUCUACAGACCCCACUCUACAGACCGGACUCUACAGACCAGACUCUACAGACCGGACUCUACAGACCGGACUCUACAGACCGGACUCUACAGACCCCACUCUACAGACCAGACUCUACAGACCCCACUCUACAGACCGGACUCUACAGACCGGACUCUACAGACCGGACUCUACAGACCGGACUCUACAGACCGGACUCUACAGACCGGACUCUACAGACCCCACUCUACAGACCGGACUCUACAGACCGGACUCUACAGACCGGACUCUACAGACCGGACUCUACAGACCGGACUCUACAGACCGGACUCUACAGACCCCACUCUACAGACCAGACUCUACAGACCCCACUCUACAGACCGGACUCUACAGACCGGACUCUACAGACCGGACUCUACAGACCGGACUCUACAGACCGGACUCUACAGACCAGACUCUACAGACCCCACUCUACAGACCCCACUCUACAGACCGGACUCUACAGACCGGACUCUACAGACCAGACUCUACAGACCCCACUCUACAGACCAGACUCUACAGACCCCACUCUACAGACCGGACUCUACAGACCGGACUCUACAGACCGGACUCUACAGACCCCACUCUACAGACCGGACUCUACAGACCGGACUCUACAGACCGGACUCUACAGACCGGACUCUACAGACCAGACUCUACAGACCCCACUCUACAGACCCCACUCUACAGACCGGACUCUACAGACCCCACUCUACAGACCAGACUCUACAGACCCCACUCUACAGACCGGACUCUACAGACCGGACUCUACAGACCAGACUCUACAGACCGGACUCUACAGACCAGACUCUACAGACCCCACUCUACAGACCGGACUCUACAGACCGGACUCUACAGACCGGACUCUACAGACCGGACUCUACAGACCGGACUCUACAGACCGGACUCUACAGACCGGACUCUACAGACCGGACUCUACAGACCGGACUCUACAGACUACAGCCGACUCUACAGACCCACUCUACAGACCGGACUCUACAGACCGGACUCUACAGACCGGACUCUACAGACCGGACUCUACAGACCGGACUCUACAGACCCCACUCUACAGACCGGACUCUACAGACCGGACUCUACAGACCGGACUCUACAGACCGGACUCUACAGACCGGACUCUACAGACCGGACUCUACAGACCCCACUCUACAGACCAGACUCUACAGACCCCACUCUACAGACCGGACUCUACAGACCGGACUCUACAGACCGGACUCUACAGACCAGACUCUACAGACCCCACUCUACAGACCGGACUCUACAGACCGGACUCUACAGACCGGACUCUACAGACCGGACUCUACAGACCAGACUCUACAGACCCCACUCUACAGACCCCACUCUACAGACCGGACUCUACAGACCCCACUCUACAGACCAGACUCUACAGACCCCACUCUACAGACCGGACUCUACAGACCGGACUCUACAGACCGGACUCUACAGACCCCACUCUACAGACCGGACUCUACAGACCGGACUCUACAGACCGGACUCUACAGACCCCACUCUACAGACCGGACUCUACAGACCGGACUCUACAGACCGGACUCUACAGACCAGACUCUACAGACCCCACUCUACAGACCGGACUCUACAGACCGGACUCUACAGACCGGACUCUGCAGAUCCCACUCUACAGACCCCACUCUACAGACCCCACUCUACAGACCGGACUCUACAGACCCCACUCUACAGACCGGACUCUACAGACCCCACUCUACAGACCGGACUCUACAGACCCCACUCUACAGACCCCACUCUACAGACCCCACUCUACAGACCGGACUCUACAGACCGGACUCUACAGACCGGACUCUACAGACCGGACUCUGCAGAUCCCACUCUACAGACCCCACUCUACAGACCGGACUCUACAGACCCCACUUUACAGACCGGACUCUACAGACCGGACUCUACAGACCGGACUCUACAGACCGGACUCUACAGACCGGACUCUACAGACCGGACUCUACAGACCCCACUCUACAGACCGGACUCUACAGACCCCACUCUACAGACCGGACUCUACAGACCGGACUCUACAGACCGGACUCUACAGACCGGACUCUGCAGAUCCCACUCUACAGACCGGACUCUACAGACCGGACUCUACAGACCGGACUCUGCAGAUCCCACUCUACAGACCCCACUUUACAGACCGGACUCUACAGACCGGACUUUACAGACCAGACUCUACAGACCCCACUUUACAGACCAGACUCUACAGACCGGACUCAUCCGUGCGCGUCUCAAACUGCUGA